ACGGCAUUGGGGUUGAAUCGCAUUAGGUGCCCGCACAUGCCCCACCAUAGUUCUCGCUUGGAAUGGAGAGUUGGGAAACAAACAGAAAAGCUGAAUUUUAGUAUAAAACAAAGAGGCCCAAAACCAAACAUGCAACCUCUUCUUCAUUUUUAUAUGCUCCUUCUUCUUUUCUGGACUCUUCAGACUACCUUAUAACCAUAAAAAAGCAAAGAAACAAAUUAGAUUCACAGUCGGAGAGAAGAGAGUAGCAACAGACGCUGGGAAGCUUACGCAAUAGUGGAAUCGAUUUAGGGUUUCGUCCACUAAUGCGAUUGAGGAAGCUGAGGCCGGCGCGCAACGAAGAAGAAGAAGUACAGCGCGAAUCGAAGGAGAAGCUGAAGGUUUCGUUGUCUGCUGCGAUGGGGGAAACUGACUCCGGCGCGCGACUUCGAAGAAAACGAACAACGCGACUUCGAAGGAGUUUCUGGGACAAGGGGUUCAAGGGGGUAGCAUGGCUGGCUCCAUCUCUCCCUGCUCUCUGCUCUCUGAUGAGUUUGAACGAAAAUGGUGGAACCAAGUGGAAGGUGAAGAACUCUCGAUGAAGGAGAAGGGUUUUUGGGUCUGCGAAUGGAAACUAACCAGAUUGAUUUUACAAUUUUGUUUUAUUAAGUGGGCUCUGGUUUGGUUCUGGGUCGGGUUGGGUUAAUUUAAUGGGUUGGGUCAUGGGUGUAUGACAUGACGGGUUUAAUGACGUGGCGGGUCGGGUUUGACCAUUACCGGCCCAAAACGACGCUGACUAGGCGCUCCUGUUAGCCACGUCAGCACUUAAAGGACUCCACUAACGGAGUUGGACGGAGGCUAACAGAGAGUGACUAAGCGUGACGACCAGUUUUAGUAAUUCGAGUGACCAAAUUUGAUAUGGUCAUGGUUCAAAUCCUAAACAUUUUUAGUUUCCUUUCGAAAUUCUAUAGUUUUAUUCCCGAAUCAGUGAUGUGCAAAUGGCGAAUUGCAGUCAUCUCUUUUCUUUCAUUAUUUUUUAUUUUCAAAUAGAAAGUUUAAAAGUAAAGAAUAAUUAGAGUUUGUCAUGGGUCGGUCAAACAUGCUGAAUUUCAAGUUUUGGCCCGUUUUGAUCAAGUCUAAUUUAUAAUCACAUGGUUCCCUGAUACCCAAUAAAAAUCUCAAUCCAAACCAGUUUGGCAGGUUAGUCCGUGUUUACCACCAUUUUCUAUUCCUAUCCCAAAUCGUGUUGUUCAUUCUUGAUUUCUUUAGAUUUUAUCAUGGUUUGGCAAAAAACCAGAAAGCACAAUGAUGACAAGAUGAAAGUUUUAUAAAACAAAUUAAUCGGCCAACGGGCCGAGUAAAAGCUAGCAACGACUGUGAGAUGCUCAUUUCCCGAAAAUCGGCGGGAUAUGCGAUUUUUUAUUCGAUUUUCUGGAAUUCGGUUUCUUUAAAACUUACUCCACCUCAUCAUAUUACCAGAAACAAUAUUGCUUCACAAAGUAACAGGUAUUUGAUUUUGGUUCAUAAGGCUGAUUUUUUAUUCGUUGCAUCAUUCAUGUCUCUUUCCUACUAAAAUUCACUAUUUUUA